AUGACGAAAUAUAUUUCAGUCAACAAGUACAUGACAGAAGUCAAAGAUAAGUUAGCUCCAUUCGCUUAUUUGAAUGUUUACUUCUACCAUUUUGAAAAAGUCUUCAUUGACAAAGUUUGGAACAUCGAACCCGUUAAGUUUGCUAUUGUGACUAAAAAUGGUGCGAAAUUUGAAGACUUAGACAUUGACGGUAUGUUGACAGUCAAAGAAAAUUUUGACAGAAGGUUUUCAAACCUUAAAGAAGGCAAAGCAUACAAACUUGUUAUACCUUAUGAACCAAAGAAAGCAGACGACUAUGAAUAUUAUGAGUCUAAGAUAGUUGAAGUUCAAGGUAAAUUAGGUAAAAAGAUUUUAGAGUCUAAGCCAGUGUUUGCUCCUAAAGAGGAAGAGAAAACAUUGACAUUGACCCAGAAAUGUUCUAA